AUGAUUCAUCUAAAAGAUCAAUAAGAUAUUGAACUAAGUAAAUGUGCCCCAGAGAAUUUUGAAAUCAGUGAUUCUGCUUGGAUUAAGGGUCUGAAUACAAUGCAAGCAGCUUAGGCUUUUGUUUCUACAAUCAUCGGAGCUGGUGUAGUAUCAAUACCAUAUGUUUUUGCUUAGGCUGGGUAUGUUGUUGGAAUACUUAUGCAUCUAGUCAUGAUUGCAACUCUCAACUUCUCAGUUCAUCUCUUACUAAAAUCUAGAGAAUAUUCUGGCUUUGAAUCCUAUGGAGAGAUUGCAUAUAUUUGCUUGGGUAGACCAUCAGUUUUUAUUACUAACUUCAUCAUAACAUCAGCGACGUCACUUAUUGUGGUAAUGUAUGGUAUGCUUUUCAGUAAUAUUUGUGCUUCAUUUGCCUACAACAUUUAUAAUAGCCAUUAGAUAAGCAUUUAAGACAAUACAUUGGCCAUGAUAUUCACUUCUAAGUUACUAUAUAUCAUCUUGCUUUUCUUAAUUCUAUUACCAUUCGUGAUAAAAAAAAGUAUCAAAGAUCUAAACAUAGCAGGAAAGAUCCUAUUCUUCGGACUUACUUCUCUAAUAGUUUUACUCUUUGCCAAGAUAAACUUUAAAUCUCAGCUAAGCAGUCCUAAUGAUAAAGUAGUCGAGCCAUAUAAAUAUGGUACGCUAGCUGAUUCUUCAUUCAUUGUAAUGACUGCAUAUGGAUUCAUGAUGAGUUUCUUCUCAAUAUUUACACAACUCUAAGUUAAGACAGAAUCUAAUGGAUUCAAAUCCUUGAUAAUUGGGAUGCUUGCAUGCUUUGCUAUUUUUAUGAUUCUUUCAACUCUAGCUGUCACCCUUUACGGUAACAAUCUUCAACCAAACUUGUUCGACAAUAUCUAAGUUGAAGCCAAUGCUGCUUCAUUGAUCAUGAGAAUCCUAUUUCUGCCUAUCUUUGUAUUCAACGCUCCUUUCGUUUUUCUAGCAGGAAAAGAGAGUCUAUUAAUGAUCAUAGAUGAUCUUACUAGUGACUUUAUCUCAAAUAGCAUUAAAAAGAGAUUGGAAUUUCUGAAGAAACAAAAGAUGAGUUCUUAAAAUGAUAAUUAAUGGGAAGCCCCUAUCUUCGAAAGAUAAGAUGAGAAUAAUGCUAAUGGUGAUCUACCAAAUGAUAAUGAAGUGAAUAAUCAAAGACAACAUAUAUCUGAAAGAAUGUCAAACAAGAUUUACUAUCCAACUGCUGUUGCUCUAUUUGUUACUCAGAUGUUUUUAUCCUAUGUGAUUAAUGACAUUACAAUUAUCAUUGGAUUUUUCACUGCAAUUGCUGAGUCUUCUGUCAACUUUAUUCUUCCCGGACUCUGCUUUAUUAUGAGUUCAAGAAUGACUGACAAAAAGAUCAAUGUAUUGUCCUUGAUUGGAAGUUAUAUCUAUGUGGUAAUAGGAGUAUGUUUAUUCUUCUUUGCCAUGUAUAGAAAUAUCAUGAAAAUUAAGAGGACUGUAGCAUCUAUCUGA